AGCAUCAUCGAUAGCUCAUUCUCUCAGAAAAAUUUAGUGAAUGAGUAAGGCCAACGCUAUUCUUCGUGAGCAGAAUACCUUCGGUUUAGCAGAGGAGGCUGUUGGAUUCAUGGAAAGAGGAGGGUUGUGGGUAAAGGAGGUUGUGUCUGUGUGUUGAUGUCAGAAGAGUGAGAGUUGGAGAAAAGUAUGGAGGACAAGAGGAGGUAGCACUUAAACCAACUGACAUAAUGUAGAAACAAAUUACACUGAAAAGCUGAGAGGAAAAAAAAGACGACUUUUCCUACGGAGGCACACCCGUCAGUAUCAGAAGAGAUCUGUCUGAAUUAAAACGGCUGCUUCUCUCGUUUCCCAACAGGAGUAUGUUUGAGUUUACGUUGCAUUUGGUGAAAAAGAAACAAUUUUUUUUAUUUUUUAUUCUCAUGCCUAUUAUUGAAAAUAAUACAUUUGAAAUUGACGGGAGAGGCAGUCCAGUCCGCCAAAAUUGGGAGAGCAAAGAAAACGCCCUGUUGGUUGGAGCUUAUUAAAACCCUUUACGCCGGUGAAACACUGCUUUUUUGAAAAUGUUAGGGCUUUCCCGUAGACUCCGUGUCGUUUUGGGCAGUGUUUAAUUUUUGUCAAGUUUUUUUUUUCUCCCCCCACCCUGACCAGAGACAGUCAGUUUCUCACGGCGGCCUCUCAGAGCCUCGUUUUUUAGGCCCAGGGGCACUGACUGAUAACAAAGAGAUAGUUUAACAGAGACAUUCCUCAGGAAUUUGAUCAAGGAAAGGGUUACACUAUUUCUGGAAAAGGACAGACUUGUUAAAAGUGUUAAAAUGUCGGCCUCGGCGGAGAAAUGUGUAGAAACCCGGCAGAGACAACUGGAAGCCAUGAUCAAGGAUCCCAGGUCUCCAAUCAAUUUUGAAAGUUUACUGGAUUGCAUGAAUGCCUUAGUUUUAGAUUUGGACUUCCCUGCACUUAGGAAAAACAAAAACAUAGAAACAUUUAUAAUGAGAUAUGAAAAAUUCAUGGGAAAGAUCCGGGAGCUUCAAAUGAAAGUGGAGGACUAUGAUGUGGUAAAAGUGAUCGGAAGAGGGGCUUUUGGAGAGGUCCAGCUGGUGCGGCAUAAAGCAACUCAAAAGGUUUAUGCGAUGAAGCUCCUUAGUAAAUUUGAAAUGCUCAAGAGGUCUGAUUCAGCUUUUUUCUGGGAAGAGAGAGAUAUAAUGGCUUUUGCCAACAGUCCUUGGGUUGUACAGCUGUGUUGUGCCUUUCAAGAUGACCGGUAUCUCUACAUGUUAAUGGAGUACAUGCCUGGGGGCGACCUGGUGAAUCUCACAAGCACCUAUGAUGUGCCUGAAAAAUGGGCCAAAUUCUAUACCGCUGAAGUGGUGUUGGCCCUUGAUGCUAUUCACUCCAUGGGCUUUAUACACAGAGAUGUAAAGCCUGACAACAUGCUGCUAGACAAAUAUGGACACUUAAAGUUGGCAGAUUUUGGCACAUGUAUGAAGAUGGAUGAAACAGGGAUGGUAAGGUGCGACACUGCAGUGGGGACCCCUGAUUACAUAUCUCCUGAGGUGCUGAAAUCCCAAGGAGGGGAUGGUUACUAUGGCCGGGAGUGUGACUGGUGGUCCGUAGGGGUCUUUAUUUUUGAAAUGCUGGUUGGCGACACUCCUUUUUAUGCUGAUUCUUUGGUGGGAACAUACAGUAAAAUUAUGGAUCACAAGAACUCCCUGAACUUUCCAGAUGAUGUUGAAAUCUCUAAACAUGCCAAAAGCCUCAUAUGUGCCUUCUUAACAGAUAGGGAUGUGCGGCUUGGGAGGAAUGGAGUGGAAGAGAUAAAAUGUCACCCUUUCUUCAAGAAUGAUCAGUGGACGUUUGACACCAUACGUGAGACUGCAGCCCCUGUAGUGGCAGAAUUAAGUAGUGACAUAGACACGAGUAACUUUGAUGAAAUUGAAGAUGACAAGGGAGAUGUUGAAACUUUCCCUGUCCCCAAAGCCUUCGUUGGAAACCAACUGCCUUUUGUAGGAUUUACCUACUUCAGGGAUAAUCAGUUGCUAAGUGAUUUAAAGCCUUCCUCUGUAGAAAAUGAGCGUUUGACUUCAGAUAAAGGGGAGGACAGUAUCGUGUCUGCACAGCUGCAGAAGAAGCUGCAUCAGAUAGAAGAGAAGCUCAACAAUGAAAUGCAAGCCAAAGAUGAACUGGAGCAAAAAUACAGAGCUAUCAGUAACCGUCUUGAAAAAACAUCUAAAGAGCUGGAUGAAGAGAUUAACUCCAGAAAAAACCUUGAAUCAAAUCUAAGGCAGUUGGAAAGGGAAAAAGCGUUGCUGCAGCACAAGAAUAUAGAGUAUCAAAGGAAGGCUGAAAACGAGGCAGACAAAAAACGCUGUCUUGAAAAUGAUGUUAACAGCCUAAAGGAUCAACUAGACGAUUUGAAGAGGCGGAAUCAGAAUUCUCAAAUAUCGAAUGAUAUGAAUAUACAGUUGCAAAGACAGCUGGAUGAAUCAAAUUCAUUGUUGCGUGCAGAGUCUGAUACAGCAGCCAGGCUGAGGAAGAGCCAGACAGAGAUGACAAAACAGUUACAACAGCUGGAGUCAAACAAUCGGGAAGUGCAGGACAAAUGCUGCAUGUUGGAAAACGCCAAACUCAAACUCGAAAAGGACUUCAUCAGUCUGCAGUCAGCUUUGGAGUCAGAAAAACGGGAUCGAAGUCAAGGCUCUGAGAUCAUAAAUGAUUUGCAAGGACGAAUCUCUGGUCUGGAGGUGGAGCUCAGAAAUGCAAAAAGUUCAGUAUCCAAAGCUGAAAUGGACAAAAGGCAACUUCAUGAGAAGCUGACAGACAUUCAAAAAGAAAAGAAUAACAUUGAAAUAGACAUGACUUAUAAAUUGAAAGUGCUGCAGCAGAGCCUGGAGCAGGAGGAAGCCGAGCAUAAAGCUACGAAAGCACGGCUAGCAGACAAAAACAAGAUCUAUGAAUCCAUUGAGGGAGCAAAGUCAGAGGCCACAAAAGAGAUGGAAAAGAAGCUUCAGGAAGAAAGAACAUCAAAAAUGAAGGUGGAAAACUUGUUGCUGGAGGUUGAGAAGCAGUGCUCUAUGCUAGACUGUGAUCUCAAACAGUCAUAUCAGAAGUUAGAAGAGUUAUCUAGGCAGAAGGAAAAACUAACAGAAGAGGUGAAGAAUCUAACGUUGAAAAUAGAGCAAGAGACACAGAAGCGCAGUCUGACGCAGAACGACCUGAAGAUGCAGAGCCAGCAAGUGAACUCGCUGAAAAUGUCAGAGAAGCAGCUGAAGCAGGAGAUCAAUCACCUGCUGGAGAUCAAAUCGACCCUGGAGAAACAGAACUGUGAGCUGCGCAAGGAGCGCCAGGACGCAGACGGGCAGAUGAAAGAACUUCAGGAUCAGCUGGAAGCUGAGCAGUACUUCUCGACCCUGUAUAAGACCCAGGUUCGAGAACUGAAAGAAGAAUGUGAAGAAAAGAACAAGCUGUGCAAAGAAAUGCAGCAGAAGCUCCAGGAGCUGCAAGAUGAGAGAGAUUCCCUGGCAGCACAGCUGGAGAUCACUCUGACCAAGGCAGACUCUGAGCAGCUGGCUCGCUCCAUUGCAGAGGAGCAGUACUCUGACCUGGAGAAAGAGAAGAUCAUGAAAGAACUGGAGAUCAAAGAGAUGAUGGCCAGGCAUAGACAGGAGCUCACGGAAAAGGACUCUACAAUAGGAUCGCUUGAGGAAGCAAAUAGAACAUUAACCAGCGAUGUGGCAAAUCUAGCAAAUGAGAAGGAAGAGUUGAACAACAAAUUAAAAGAAACUCAGGAAAAACUGCAGAAGGUGGAAGAAGAAGAAAAAGCCAUGGCAAUGACCAAGUUGCAGUUUGAGAAACAAUUGCAGUGUGAAAGAACACUGAAGACACAGGCUGUCAACAAACUGGCGGAGAUCAUGAACCGCAAGGAAGUGCGGGUAGGAGCAGGCAGCAAACGAGGGAACGACACUGACGUGCGCAGGAAAGAGAAGGAGAACAGGAAGCUGCAGCUGGAGCUCCGGUCUGAGAAGGAGAAACUAAACAGCAUGCUGAUCAAGUACCAGAAAGAGAUCAAUGAGAUGCAAGCGCUCAUAACUGAUGAAAGCCAGGUGCGAAUUGAGCUGCAGAUGGCACUGGACAGCAAAGACAGCGAUAUUGAGCAGCUCCGCUGUCAUCUGGCCUCUCUAAAUAUUCAAAGUUUGGACACAACAAGUAUUGGCAGUGGACCAGAUUUUGACACAGAUGAUGCAUACCCUGUUCGUAUCACUCAUUCCCACACUUCGGAGGCCAUGUCUUUCACCUACCAGCGCUCAUCUACCUCUGUCGGCAUUGACACUAAGCCUUCUCGAUCCUGUGUGCAUUUUGAUUCUGAUUCUGACUUAGAGGAAGAGCCUGAACCACAAUCUGAAUUUUCCCCUCAUGCACCAUCAGAACUUGAGAACACAGAAUCAAGAUUGGAAGGGUGGCUCUCGUUACCACUUAGGAACAAUACUAAGAAGUUUGCAUGGGAAAAAAAGUAUGUGGUCGUGAGUAGCAAGAAGAUUCUGUUCUACAACAGCGAGCAAGACAAAGAACUAUCCAAUCCUUACAUGGUUUUAGAUAUCACCAAGCUGUUCCACGUCCGACCAGUAACGCAGACGGAUGUAUACAGAGCAGAUGCCAAAGAGAUCCCAAGAAUUUUCCAGAUCCUGUAUGCUAAUGAGGGAGAGAGCAAAAAAGAACAGGAGUUCCCUGUAGAACCACUUCCUAUUGGAGAGAAGUCGAGCUACAUUUGUCAUAAAGGACACGAGUUUAUUCCAACACUGUAUCACUUCCCCACCAACUGUGAGGCUUGCACAAAACCUUUGUGGAACAUGUUUAAACCCCCACCUGCCUUGGAGUGCCGUCGUUGUCACAUCAAAUGUCACAAGGAUCAUAUGGACAAAAAAGAAGAGGUUAUUGCUCCUUGCAGGGUGAACUACGACAUUUCAACAGCAAAAAAUCUGCUGUUGCUUGCCAAUUCACAAGAAGAGCAGCAGAAGUGGGUAAGUCGGCUGGUAAAAAAGAUUCCAAAGAAGCCCCCUGCGCCGGAUUCUUUCGCCAGAUCUUCUCCUAGAGCUUCCAUGAAGGUACAACCCAACCAAUCCAUCCGCCGACCGAGCCGGCAGCUUCCACCAAACAAACAAAGAUUGCUUGAUUUGGCCUUUAAAGACUGGGAUUGGUCAUUUGAUGAUGUUGAUGAUGACGAUGUUUUUGAUUUCUGAAGAAAUAAGAAAGGCUAACUGCCUUUUAUUGGGAUGCAGUCACUCUUCAAGGUGAUGGGUUUCUUCCUAACACAAAAGAGACUGAAAAACAUAUAUGGCAUACCAAAAAUGCACAAAAUGCUACAUAUUUUUUAGAAAGACUUAUCUAUGUAUCACCAUGGUUUACAGCACUGCUAAAAUGUAAAAUACUAAUCCUGAGGGUAAUAGAUAGGGUUCUUGGGGAAACUAACCGGGUUACUGGGUCUGUCUUACGUGCACACUUCUUCUGCAAAACAAACGGCACUACUUGCUGAAUCGCAAGCAGGUGGUUCAACACAGUAUAAGUAUGUAAACUUUUUGCAUUAUAUCCUGCUUGCGUAACUACUGCAUCACCUCCAACAGAAUGUCUUGGAAGUUUGCCUUGUUUGGGGCUGCAAAGACUGAACACUACAAAGACAUUUCGGAGGACAUUUGCUGGAUAUAAAAUGGAAUGGAGUUUUGAAAUAUCAUACACAGUGCAUGCCAACAGCUGUAAAAAAAACCUAAACUAUCAGUAAUAAUUUGGAUUGGCACCCAAGCUAUUAUAAUUUUCAUAGAACAAAAAUGUUAUUUAUUUGUUUUUCUUCACAUUUGCAGCUAUGCACUUGUAUAAAGCCUUAGUGGUUAUUGGGUUAUAUGCUUACAAGAUUAUAUGCAUAUCAUGCUGCAUGUGAAUGUUGAUCAGUUUUGAUAGUGAUAGUUUCAGAAUGUUACUUUUAUUAGAAAGUACUUGGAAACAACUGGUUCAGUUGCCUUAAUUUAUAAUUGUGUUUGCCCAUUCCUAGAAAGUGAUGUUUACUUACUGUUAGAUAAUUGAUGUUAAACUAAGUUAGUGCACUAUUUGUAGGCAUAACUAUUACAUUGGUGUAUUCCUAUCUUUUUGAAUGUAUACCAGAACAAAAAGCAUUACAAUUCUAAUUUGAGCAAUGUAAGAAGGAAAAUGUACAUUUCAUAUCUAAAUUUUAAUAUAAAGGAGUUACCUUAUUACCUAAAAGAGUGUUAAUCUCUGUUGUGUAUUGUUUUCAUAUCUCCCUCACCAAGUGCUGACAUUUUGUAUUUGUCUUUGGUUUGUGUAUUCUAGAUGUUUUAUUAGUCCUUAAAAAAAAAAAAAAAGAGCCUGUGACUUUUACUAAAAUCUUACAGCACAUAUAUACAAUUCACAAACUCAAAUAUUUAACUAAAACAUACUGUAGAUGUAUUUUAAAGAUUCUGUAAAGAGUUCUCUUAACACACAGUGAUAGCUGCAGGGCUUCUGGUAAUGUGUUGUGAGAAUUAUCAUAGCUGGGAAGAGAAUCCUUAAAAUUGGCCCUCAUAUUUAUAUAAAUAUUAUUAGACACGCCAUCUUCCAAAAAAAAAAGUAUAAUUUAUAUUGGCCUGUCCACUUUAUA